AUGUCGACCAGCAGACAGGCGGGCGUCCUCUUCGAUGUGGACGGCGUCCUGCUCCGCGGUGGCAAAGUGAUCCCAGCUGCUCGACGAGCUUUCCGGAAGCUUCUGGACCAGAACAAUCAUUUCUUGCUUCCUGUCGUCUUUGUCACCAAUGCAGGAAGCUGUCAGAGACAUCACAAGGCCCAACAGCUCUCUCACCUGCUGGACGUCCAGAUCGCUCCUGAGCAGGUGGUUCUUUCCCACAGUCCUUUGCGAAUGUUGAAGAGUUUCCAUGAUAAAUGUGUCCUGGUGUCAGGACAAGGACCAGUGACCGACAUCGCCCACACUUUAGGUUUUCAGAAGGUGGUGAGCAUUGAACAGCUCAGAGAACAUCACCCUCUGCUGGACAUGGUGGAUCACAACAGGAGACCCAAACUACCUUCGUCUCUUCUGCAGACUCUUCCCAAAAUAGAAGCGAUUAUCCUGUUCGGAGAGCCAAUUAGAUGGGAGACCAACCUGCAACUGCUGAUUGACGUGCUCCUGACCAAUGGCAGCCCCGGCUGUGAGUAUGACGCUCAGUUGUCGGCUCAGCUGCCAGUUCUCGCCUGUAACAUGGACCUGAUGUGGAUGGCCGAGGCCCCGUCUCCACGGUUUGGUCAUGGGAUGUUCAUGCUGUGUCUGGAGUCGGUCUAUAGGAAGAUGACGGGUCGGGAGCUGCAGUACCAAGCACUGCUCGGAAAACCUAGUUUGCUCACUUACCAGUACGCCGAACAUCUGCUGAGGCUGCAGAACCCCAACCGCAAGCUAACCACCAUCUACGCUGUCGGUGACAACCUGAUGACAGACAUCUACGGUGCUAAUCUCUACAACCGUUACCUGGUGCAGCAGCACACUGCCAUGACGACAAGCACCAAGUUUGUUGCCCAGGGAACAGGGAGUCAGGUGACGAUGGUGGUCCCAGAGGAGGAGCUGGUGUCUGCUGCUGCUCAGUGUCAUUCCAUACUGGUGUGCACAGGUGUCUAUAACCCUCGCUCCCCGUUGCCUAGCAACCAGAGUGGCACCAUCACGGAGAAAGUGUUCCACGGUCACAGAGACCUGGUCCUGGAGCCAGACCUGGUGGAACCAAGUCACGUGGUGGAGGACGUCGAGUCUGCCGUCGACCUGCUGCUGCAGCAAGAGGACUCCGUGACACCUGACCUCUGA